UUUGUAUACCUUACGACAACCAAAGCUGGUCUGGAGGCUCAAAUUUCAAUAUCAAGUCAACAAUUAUUGCCCAACAGAUAUUUUUUGUCAAAGAGAGUCAGAGAUCGAGAGUACAGAGAAUUCUUAACUCCAUCUGCUUCUCGUGGCACGAAGAAGCAUUUUAUUAUUUUUCACUAUUGUUUGUUAUCACAUAUUUCCAACCCCACAAGUUUAAGAAUGGAGAACCCAAGUUUUCAAAAUGACGAUGACGAACCUUCACCUCCAACCACACCUCCACCACCAGUGGAAGAGGAACACAUUGAGAAAAAGAAGAAGAAAAAGAACUCGGUCGUGUUCAUGGUGAGCGAAGACGAAGUAAUUACGGAUGGUCCCACAGCCAACGGGGACGGAACAGCGUCGUCACCACAAAGGAAAAUUACCCCGGCGAUUAUUCAAAUGCAGCCUGGACUUAACCUUAGCCCACUGAUGGACUUGGUAGGGAACACGCUCAGUUUUCACCUAACCACGAAAUUCCUGGCAUGCUGUCCUCAAAUGGCGUUGACUCCAGUUCAGUUUACGACAGAAACGUUCAACGCGGAGACAAAUGUGGUUUCUUCUGAAAAUAAUGCAACUUCAGCAUCGCCAACAAUGGCCGGAUGUCAAAUACGCUGUCGGGCAGCGAAACGAUUGAAUUGGUGUCUUUGCUGCUGUAUGGGAUCUGUCAACUCGCAAGUCGUCACAGUGGCAAAGGGUGAUUCUCCCGAUGACGUUUUAAGUUUCGUCUAUAGUCCACACAUCUGGUGCCCUGCAUCGAAUAACGAAAGAUUGGUGGACAUUUUCCUUCCAGGAAUGAACGAACCGUUGGGUUGGAUUGAGGCAGGACGGGAUAUUGGCUCGGGAUCACGAAUCAGUUGUGGGCUAACGAAAGAGGCUUUUAUUACGAGACAAGUCCAUGAAAAAGGAAGCCCUCGAAGUUUCAAGAUUGAAAACUCUGUCGGACUUGAGGUUGCAAAUGGAAAAGUGACCACAUCAGCGUGGAUGGGAAGUCUGGGACUUACUCGAUGGACAGGCUUUCAGUUCAAUUUUGUGCCAUCGGAAGUGGACACGUUGCCUCAUCCAACGAGAGCCGUAUUGCUGGUGGCGUUUAUGCUCUGGGUAAUUGAUGCCAGAGAAAAGAAACAGUGGCAGUACAUUUGGUCAAUUAUAUUCGUGUUGUUCCUUCUCUUGUGUUUUUUCCUGAUUCAGUUUUACGGUCCAAAAGAAUAAGAUCAAUGCAAAUAUGUAUGUACCAGAAAUAUGAGCUGGUUUUAUUUUUCAGACAUUAUUUUAGUUAUAAAUAUAGUUUAGGGCGUGUUCAAAAUAAAUUUGUAUCUAUCAAUUAUUGGGCGUGUGAAUGUUUUAGCCCUUUUCAUAAGAAUAAAUGGCUGACUAUGAAUAAUAUUUACUACCCAAAAA